UAAACUGAAACGCAUGCCGAUUUCAGAAAGAAUUUUGAAAAAAAAAGAAAAUAAAAAAAAAAUCAUAGCUUCAGAUCUAAGAGAGCGGUAUAUUCAAUUACACUCGACAUUCACCUCACCAAACGAGCCGUUCAAUCGGGGGUUUGUAGAGCAGCAAUCUGUUUAAUCCAAUGGUUAUAGGUAGCUGUUGAGAGCAUAUUGAAUUGGAUUGAAUGGAUAAUAACAAGAGCCGAGAUGAUCUGCUCGCUGCCGGACGGAAGAAGCUUCAACAGUUCAGGAAGAAGAAGGAUAAUAAAGGAAAUAAUAGCAAGUCGUCGGGCAAAGGUGGUAAAUCUGGGCGUGACCGGAAGGCAGACACAGUUGCUGAAGCAGCUGUGACAGAGCAAAAUGUUCCAGAUGUAGUAUUAUCCAAGCAUGAUGCAAGUGAAACUGUUGAUUUUUCAGAGUCAAGUUCUGGUGUGGUUGCAGAGGCAAUUGAUACAGCUACUGCUAUUUCAGAGCAUGAUGUAAUAGGAGGCACUUCCAAUGACACAGCAGUAGAGCAGCAAAAUGAUGCAGAUGGAGAGAGAUUCAAGCAUGAUGCAGAAGAUACUACUGCUUUACCAGACUCAGUUUCUAGAGUGGAUACAGUGGCGAGCGAUGCUGCUUCUAGAGUAGAUUCAGUAACAAGUGACAGUCCGGUUGCAGAUAAAGAUCCUUCAGGAAAGGGUAAAGUUGGAAUAGCAUGUCUAUUGGAUGCUGCUGGAUUUCCAUCAGAGGGAUCGGGAAUGGAUAACACUAGUAAUGGAAAUGAUGUAUAUAUUACGGCUUCCCUAGAGGAUGGAUCAUCUUCUCUAGUUCUCGAGGAUACAUCCAUUAAUAUCCCAGCAAUGGUUUUAGAAGAGAUGUCAGAAGAUUCCAGUUUACGUUUACCCACUGAUUUUUCAUCUGGACUGGAGAGGGAGCAUGUGGAAGAGCAGGAAGUUGGCUGCUCUUUUUCCAGUGGAAAUCAAAUGGAUGACCGCAUGGCGAAUUUGCUUGAUGGAGAUAGUAUUCCUCCUUCAAAUGAUACAACGGAGUCUAUUACAGACAGUAGAGAAGUUGAUUCAGGGAAUACUUUUGAUGAGGAGAAUAUCUCCGCCGCCACACAACUCAACAAGAUUGACAGUGCAUCAUUGGCUGUUUCUGUUACCAAUUAUGCUGGAGAAGGUGAAGAGGCGCAUGGACAUUCUUUUGGCACUUCUCCUUUAACCGAGUCCUCACUGGCGUCGACCAUAAGAUCUGCAACAAUGAGUCAAGAGAGAGAUGGUACGUCAUUUGGUUCAAAUGAUGAGAAAGCAGAGGCAGUUAGUGUCUCAGAUACAGAAGGUACUCAAGCAAGCUCUGGAUUUGUCGAGGUAGAAAGAUCUUAUGAGGUUGAAAAUAGAGAUACUGCAAAUGUGUUAGCAUGUAAACACGUAGACUUGUCAUCGAUUUUGAAUGGAAGUCUAGUCAAACUUUCCCAGCUUGCAGAAAUUUUACAGCUACUCGAUCAAGAUGAAUUCAGGUACAUAUUCGCGUCAAGAGAAUCAUCAGUUGAGAAACCUCGAAAUGCCGAUGAAACAACUGCCAAAGAAAUCGUGCAGUGCAGAAAUGAGCUUCAGGAGGUUGUAUCAGAGAAGGUAGAGCUCGAGAAUCAGCUUCAGUUAUCAAGAGCUGAGGCUGAAGUUUUUGCUGAUAAAGUUAAUGAAUUGCAGAAUAAGCUAGAAAUAAAACAAGGAGAAAUGUCAACCAUAUUUUCUGAGCUAGUUGACUGCAGGAAUUUGGUAAAAGCCUUGCAAUCUGAAAAUGUGAACUUGAAUGAAAGUUUCAAAGUGAUGACUGAGGAGAAAAACAAACUUUCACAGGAGAGUAGGAACUUUUUGCUCGAAAAUGAAAAAAUCACCGAGGAAUUAUAUCAGCACAAAGUUUCUUUAGAGUCACUCCAGAAUUUGAUACAUGAUGACAGGAAAAGACUCGAGCAGGAAAAUAGUGGCAUGAUCAGUGAGAAUGGUAAAUUACUUGCUGAUUUGGCAGAGUGUCAGGAUACAGUGGAAGUUCUUAGGUUGGAAAACAAAAACAUAAAUGAGAUUUUGGCAUCUUUGUCAGAAGAAAGAAAAAAUCUCGAUGAGGAAAAAGUAUCAAUGUACCAUCAGUUUGGAAGAAUGUCGGAAGAAUUAAUUAACUGCAAAGAAUUGAUUCUAACUCUUCAAACAGAGAUCAUCACUCUAAAUGAGCGCAUCACAUCCAUAUGUGAUGAGAAGAACAAGCUUGAAGAAGAGCAGAAGACAAUUUUCAGGGAGUAUGAAAAGCAAUAUCAUGAGUUGGUGGAGUUCAAAGUUCUGGAAGCAGUUUUGCAAGCAGAAUGUUGUAAGGCAGUGAAUGAUCUAAAAGAAGCCAGAACUUCCAUUAAGCAUCAUACUGAAGAAAAGAAAUCCCUCUGCGCUGAUUUAGAGUUUCUCAAGUUUAAAAUAAAAGAAUUCGACUGUGAGAAAAUCUCAUCUCAGUUUGAUGAAGUUGCAAGUCAAGCUCUUAAGAAUGAUAGUGGUGCGUUGCAUGAGCACAAAUCUUAUCAGUCAUCUGGGGAACAGACGAAAUUGGAUAUUUACAAUGACUCAUUUGGAUUUCUAUCACUAAAAAGGAACUUGGAGGAAGCAGGAGUUCUAGUGCAAAAACUUGAGAGGGAAAUUGACAGAAUGCACUUAGAUUCAUCUUCUUUGAGUAGAUCGAUGGAUGAUGUUUCCCCUGGAGUGUCACAAUUGAGUCAUACUUUUGAGCCAAAAGGUUACACAUAUAAGGAUGACCAAGAUUCAGACAUAUCCCCUUCAUCAGAAGGUCGCACAACUGAAGAUUCAUGCGUUAGAACAAAAAUGUUUGCACAAAAUCUCAAAAUAUUGCUCAAAGAGUUAGUAAAUGAUGCAGAGGAUGCCAGUGAAUUCUUUAGAGGUAUGCAGAGUAAACUGCUGUCUAAUGCCUCUGGAACAGAAUUGAGCAAGUAUUAUACUGCAUCGAAAGAGCACAAUGAUCAAGUACAAGAAGCAAACAUUGAGCUUAUGGUUGUCUACGAGGCUAUGAGAGAGCUUAUCCAUCAUGUUGUUGCAAUAGAGAAUGAACUUCUUGGUCUAUGUGAUACCAUGCAGAAGCAAGAAGCAGUUCUAAAAUCAGAGAACCAUCAUCUUCUAGAGAAGGUGAACGCUUUUCAAGCUCAUAUUAAUGAGCUGCAGGUUCAUUUGGAGGGACACUGUAGAGACUCAGAUGAGAUGGCUUCUUCAAUUUCCAAUCAACUGCAAGUACUCCAGUCAGAAGUGGCUGACAGAGAAUUGAUUCUUCAAGAAGAACAGAGUUCUGUUUCAGCUCAGAUUCUUCAGACUGUUGGCCUGCUGGAUUCGACGACAAAGAAUAUUUCUGGCAACCCAUUUCCUAGUGGAAAUAGCAACUCUGAUAUUGUUGGCUGUGUUGCUGCUUCUGUUGAUGGUGCCCGCAAAGUGAUUGGGGGUUUGCAUGGUCAACUCGAGGCUGCUCAAAAGGAUUUUCACGAAAUGGAACACAAAACUAAUGUGGCUCUGAGCAUUCUGCAUCGACUUUACAGUGAACUUAUGAGGACAUUAUUUGGGUAUUACCCAGAUGCAGCAGAUGAAGUCGUAGCUGAUGAUAAAAAGCUGGAUCUUUUACAUCCUAAUUUUUUUGAUGACCUGUUGGACCAAUUGAAAAAUCUUUAUAGUGAGAAGUUGGAGCUCGAGUCUGCAAAUAAACAACUCAGUUCACAGAUGACUGACACAGCAAGGGAGAUUGACGAACUGCAAAAGUUAUGUCUGAAAUCAGAUACCGUUCUCAAGUUAAUUGGCAAGAUCGAACAAUCAGUAACGUUGGAGAGGCCAGCUAUGUGUGAGGAUGAACCUGCCUUACUCCUGGAGUCUCUGAUUCAUUUGCUCGUACAGAAAUGCAGAGAAACUGGUCAGGACUCAAGCUUAUGUGUAUCUCUAGAAAUGCAAUUACAUGAUUUGCAGGAUGAAGUGGAAUGCUUGAACUUAUCUCUUAUGGAAUAUAGAAAUGAGAACCUGGUUUUUAAGCACAGUCUGAAGAGUGCUCAAGAGAUUAUUAUUGCUCUCAAUUCUAAAGUAAAUGAGAAAGUUGCUGAGUUAGAACUGUCUGAGCAGCGAAUAUCAUCCCUCAGAGAGAAGUUAGGUAUAGCAGUUACAAAGGGGAAAGGCCUUAUUUCGCAACGUGAGAGUCUCAAGCAAUCGUUGGCUGAAAUGUCCAAGGAACUGGAGAAAUGUUCCCAAGAAUUACUUUCUAAAGAUGAGAGGCUUCAUGAACUCGAAACAAAUGUAAAAGUCUACUCUGAGGCAGGUGAGCGCAUGGAAGCCCUGGAAUCUGAGCUCUCAUACAUUCGCAACUCAGCUACUGCACUAAGAGAGUCAUUUCUGCUUAAGGAUUCUGUCUUACUGAGAAUAGAAGAGAUUCUAAACGAUUUAGAGCUUCCAGAGAACUUCCACUCCAAAGAUAUAAUUGAAAAGAUUGACUGGUUAGCAAAAAUAGUUGGAAGUCACUCCUUGCCUCUUGGUGAAUGGGAUCACAGAAGGUCAGCUGAGAGAAAUUCAUAUUCUGAUGCUGGAUUUGGGGGUUCAGAUGGCUCGAAAGAAGAUAUGCAGCCAAUCCCUACUUCUGCUGAGGACUUAAGGAGAAGAUAUGAAGAACUACAAAACAGAUUUUACGGCUUAGCUGAGCAAAAUGAGAUGCUUGAACAGUCAUUAAUGGAAAGGAACAACCUUGUGCAGCGAUGGGAAGAAAUUUUGGACAGAGUUGAUAUGCCAUCUCAUCUGCGAUCUGUGGAGUCUGAUGAUAAGAUUCAGUGGUUAGGAAAUGCUCUAUCAGAGGCACAAAACCACUCUUAUUCUCUCCAGCAGAAGAUUGAUAACUUGGAGACCUUUUGUGGAUCCCUCAGUACUGAUGUGGAAGAUUCAAAAAGAAGAGCAGCUGAGCUUGAGACAGCCUUCCAACAGGCUUGUGCAGAAAAAGAAAUCCUAGCAAAGGACUUGGAGAUGCUGAGACAAGAUAGUGAUGAAAGCAUAAAAAGAAUAGCUGAUUUUUCUCUUAGAAAUGAGAAUCUCCAAAAUGAAUCAAGUUCGUUACAAGCACAGAAACUUCACUUGGAGGAAGAUAAGGAUCGUAUUGAGGGUGCAAUUAGAAGACUAAAGGAAAUAGUUAAUGAUGCUCUUCAGGAUUCUUGUCCUGAAGAUGUGGAACUUGAUCAGGAGGGGGUUGAAUAUUUCGAAGAAAUGAUAAGGAAACUUGUAGAGAAACAUAAGACACUAUUAUCUGAGAAGCUUGUUAGUGUAGAUUCAACUGAUGUGCAUGCCACUGGAAAGGGGGAGCUGUCAAACACAUCCAGAGAUUUUGAAGAGCCAGAUGUCUCGACUCUGAGCAAAAAACUAGAUGAAUGUAUGGGUGAACUAAUGAGCUUGAAGGAGGAGAAAGAUAGAUACAUGCAGACCAAUCAAUCCCUAGUCUGUGAGUUGGAGGGGCUGGAAGUAAAAAAGAAAGAAUUGGAAGAACUACUUAAUCAGGAAGAGCGUAAAUCAGCUUCUUUGAGAGAGAAGCUUAAUGUUGCUGUUAGGAAAGGGAAGUCCUUGGUGCAACAGCGAGAUGUCAUGAAGCAAUCAAUCGAAGAACUAAAUGCUGAGGUUGAGCGCCUCAAGUCUGAGACCAAGGACACUGAAAAAACUAUUUCUGAAUUUGAGGAACAGAUCAAGAACUUGUUUGCUGCCCGUGACAGGGUACAAGAAGCGGAAUCUGAAAAUAGUUUCCUCAGGGAUCGCCUGGCAGAAACUGAACGCUAUAUGCAGGAGAAAGAGCAUAGCUGGAGCAGUAUUUCGAAUGCUUUGGGUGAAAUAAAUGUUGGUUUUGAAUUUCAUUCUGUAAAUCCAGUUGAGAGGAUAAAGGAAAUAGGCAAGCUUGUGCAUGAUCUGCAUGGUCGAAUGGAUUCCCUUGAACAGGAAUCAAGAAAAUCUAAAAGAGCAGCUGAACUGCUGCUUGCUGAGCUGAAUGAAGUUCAGGAAAGAAAUGAUGGCCUUCAAGAUGAGCUAGCAAAAGUUGUUAAUGAACUUUCAGAAGUUUCCAGGGAAAAAGAAAUAGCUGAAAAUGCAAAACAUGAAGCUAUUGCACAUUUCGAAAAGCUAUCUUACUUACAAUCAGAAGAAAAGGAGAGGCAGAUGUCUGAAAUUACGGUUUUAAAAUCUGGUGUGGACAACAUGAAAAAUGAUCUUUCUUCAAUUGACAGAGAACUGGGGGAUGUUCUAUCUAAAGAUUUGGAAGUUCUGUACAACGUGAAGGCUACAAUGAAAUCAUUUUUUGAUUUUGAUGGCGUUCCUGCCCUGGGUGCUCUAUUUCCUGGUAGCUUACCUGGGGGCACAUUGUCAGCAAAAUCAGAGAACAAGGUAAAAUAA